AUGCCAGUAAAGUUUGGUGUUCUGCAAGGAUCUGUUGUUGGUCCAAUUCUGUUUUCAUUGUUCUGUAACGACCUACCAGAUACCAAUAAUUCGGAUGAUGGAGAUAUUUAUAUGUAUGCAGAUGAUACCACGCAAUAUGCCAUUGGACCAACGCAAGAUCUUGUUGCAGAAAUGCUCAACAAGAUUUUGAGUAAACUGUAUCUCUGGCGUUGCCACCAUCAAUUAACACCUCAUCCAGAUAAAACUGAGUAUAUGAUCAUGAGUCCUCUUCAGUGCUUAAAGUUAGGUGAGAGUCAGAUAAAACGCGUGUCGAGUCAACAAGAUGCUUAG